AGCUCCAAACGCAGUGAGCGAUCAUUUCAUUUAAAAGACACAAUGGAUGGAGAGAUCAAAUCAUCAAACUCGGCCAAAAGUAGCAUGAACAGAUUUCCCAAAAAAGACUCAUUGGUGAUUUCUGUCCUUUCGCUGGUUCUCUUUGCACUGAUGUUUGUGAGGAUUGAGGUUGUUCAUAGGAGGGCAGAGGUGACGGAAGCAAAACUUGAAAAACGCAUUCAGCGAAUCGAAGACGAAAUGCAAGAGAAAGUGCUGACUAUUGUGAAGGGAUUGUUAAAGACAGAGCGAAACCCGACGACACGAAAUUCAAUUUUAGGAAAUUAUGCAAGCAUAGGUAGGUCUAAAGCUGCUUUUUUUGCCGGAGGCGCAGCUGGAAGAGCGAAGAUUCCAUAGAAGGACCGCCGCUUCAUUGUUAUCUCUAUUAAUUUCUAGUUAGACUACUUAUUCUUGAAGGAUCACUCUAAUCAUAGAAAGCUGUCUUAUCUUGGCGUGGGCAGCAAAAACCACACAUAUUCUUAGUUGCGACUAAUGACUUGCGUGCCCGGGGGGAGUCCUUGGGUUAAUUUUUGCUGGGUAUGUGCGGCCGGCCUCAUUAUAGUCUAUUUUGUGGCCAAUUAUAGACCCCAUCUUAGUCACUUUUGGGCAAAUAUGCAAUUUUCGCCAUCCCAACUUAGUCACUAUCUAUUUAUGUAUCUACCUUACAUUGAAUGAAGAACACUUUACUUUUCACCUACAGUACAAACACUCUGGUACGUUUGCUUACCGUAAAUAUGAAGAACUGUCUUACCCCAAAAAUCAGAAAAUGUGCGAUCCCAUUCUAGUAACUCUAUUGAAAAUGCGACCCCAUAAAAGUCAAUCCAGUCGUGAAAAUGCGACCCCAUCCAGCGGCACAUCCCCAUUAGUCUCUUAUAGGAAAGUACCCCCCCCCCCCCGCCGCCUGGGUUUGUAUGCCGCGUUUAUAAUACAUUGGAAUGUUGAUCAUAACAGUCUCAGUUGGGUGAAUGGAAUGAGUCUCCUUAAGUUUCUAAUGAGGAACUCGAUAGGUCUCUUAAAGGUUUUUACUAAGAACAUUGUAUGAUGAGGAAACGCAUUGCUUGGGUUCUUUGUAGCCAACGGCCAUGCAAAGCGAGGUUUAUUAUCACGUCGCGCGUGGAUCGCGCAUGGACCUUUCAAAGCGUGCUUUGAUCCGCGCUUUGGCUAUAAACCAAGUUGAUGCUUGCAGUGCCCUAUAUAGCAACAGAACUGAAAAAAAAACGCUUGGUCUGGUUGAUGUUUCGGCGUUGAGUUUCGAAACCACGAAUACUUAAUUAGUUGCAAAAUUAAAGGGCAAUACUCGAGGUAAACGAAUGUUUGUGUUGCGUCUCACUUCGCAGACGAGUUUGUUUCUGUCUGCGGUCUGAGUCUCAAUUCGCCUCUUUACCAUCCGGACCUUGUUUAUUUCUCUGAGAUGACUGAGUAAAGUCAUGUUACAACGAGGUACAAUGAACUUGACGUUCUUCCACGCCCCAACCUUUGGCCACUACAUUGCGACUCACUCAAGCUAAAACAAAUCACAGACUUGCUGAGCGUCUCCAAAUACAAUAGCAGACUUCAUUCUAAAUAACAUAACUGUAGUCGAACGAACCAAGUGCCAUGAUCAUGAUAUGUAGAGUAUAGAGGGGUAAUAAACAAUAAUAAAUUAAGAAUGAUAAAAUAACUUAGAAAACCUAAAAAAUAUCAGCCAACAACGAAAAGUACAAAAUAGACGACAAUAGGAAAUUUCUGGCUGAAACAAGACGAGAAAAGGCAAAACAUGUAUUAAUUUAACCACGCAUGCGCGGAGAAAGAAGAACUUAUGCGAAAAUUACACGCAAAACUUGAUUGAUAUACGGUGUGCCAAAAGAGAAUCUAAGGUGAAAAAAAACACAUCCACACGCAAAAGCAAACAAGCAAAGAUGCGCCAAUAGUAAAGCAACACCAAUAAUAGGAAUAGAGUAAUUUUCUGUCGCUUUCAAUUAGCCAGUUGCUAUUUUGCAUUUUCAGCCAUUUCUCAAGAAACCGUAGAACGUGCUGUAGAUCAGGAUCGACGAAAAAGGAGAAAUGUUGCCCCUACGCCUGGUGUUAUAUCUUUACAGCAACCCCGCCAGGAAAUCAACGGGAAAAUUACUCAAGCGUGCGCCACCACUGAUAAGAUCUGUCAGACAGGUCAACAGGGACCCCAGGGAGUACCGGGUGCUCCUGGGUACCCUGGAUACAAGGGAGAAAAAGGAGCACCUGGGAAAACUGGCCCUCUUGGUCCUAAAGGGCUAACAGGAGCUCAAGGCGUCAGAGGAAAACUAGGGCCUACAGGACCGCAGGGAGUCAAGGGCGAAAAAGGUGAAGUAGGGGCUGUUGGGUCCCCUGGGGCAAAAGGAGACACUGGACCUAUGGGCCCAACAGGUUUCAAAGGAUCCGCUGGAUUAAAAGGGAACAAAGGAAACAGGGGCUUUACUGGUAUUCAAGGACCAAAAGGAGAAUGUGUAGUCCCUCCUAAGAUACUUGUUUUUCCGGAAUCUCAGUAUGUGUUUGUGAACAAGUCUGCAACAUUUUAUUGCUGGGUGCAAGGACACCUGUCUAAGAAAAUAACAUGGCGUAAGCUUGGAGGUAACUUGCAUCGUGGCAUCACUGCAGAGAAUGGUGUUCUUCACAUCACUAAUGCCCAGAGGUCACAUACUGGAUCAUACUUGUGUACAGUCUUCACUAGUUAUGGAAUAUUUCGAGCCGUCACUAUUUUAGGAAUUAAAGGUGAAAUAUUU